GCAGCUCUGACAGUUCACUUUUUUCUCUACCCCCUCGCUUUCCGUGGUUCCCUUGGUCGUUAUGGCUCCUCUCGCAGACUUUAUCCUUCAAUAUGUGCCCCUCCCCACCCUUCCGUACUUCCUCACUCAUUAUGUUCCCGGUGCUACGCCUCUGUCGACCAGACCAGUCGUGAUCACCGCGCUGAUCUCAUACCUGGCCGUUGUUUUCGGCAUUCGCGAGUUCAUGAAGACACGUCAACCUCAAAAGCUCCAGCUACUAUUCCAAACCCAUAAUGUUGUCCUCAGCUCUGGCAGCGCGCUUCUGCUUGCCCUCAUGCUGGAGGAAAUCCUCCCUAUAGCAUGGGAGCAUGGCCCAUUCUAUGCCAUUUGUAACACUGCUGCGUGGACAGAAAGAUUGGAAUUUUACUAUAUUAUCAACUAUUACUUCAAAUAUCUCGAGUUGUUGGACACGGUCUUCCUUGCGUUCAAGAAGAAAACCCUCGCAUUUCUGCACGUCUUCCACCACUCGGCAACUGCUUUCUUGUGCUACACUCAGCUCAAUGGGAAGACCAGUGUGUCUUGGGUUGUAAUCACGCUCAACUUGGGCGUUCAUGUCCUCAUGUAUUACUACUACUACGCAACUGCUGGUGGAGCUAAGAUAUGGUGGAAGAAGUACCUGACCACCAUGCAAAUCGUUCAAUUUGUCAUCGACCUUUUCAUCGUCUACUUUGGCACGUAUUCCUACUUCGCUCACACUUACUGGCAAUGGCUUCCCAAUCGUGGCUCCUGCGCUGGAACGGAGUCUGCGGCACUUUUUGGCUGCUUUCUUCUCACAAGCUAUCUGGGUCUGUUCAUCAAUUUUUACAUUCAGACGUACAAGAAGCCAGUCAGAGGCAAGAAGGCCCAUGUUAUGGGAAAUGGGACCGUCAACGGGAACGGGAACGGGUACAAGAAAGAGUAAAUCUGAGAGAUACGCGGCAAGCGCACAGGGGAGAUGUGGCUAUGUUCUGCUUCAUGUUGCCUUUCAUACAUAUACCCCACGACAUUCGGUUUGUUUAGACGUUCCUGGGCUCAUUCACACUCUUUCGUGGUUAAGUUUACAAGGGCUGCUUGCGCGCAGGCCCGUAUAAUAUUUCUCCAACAAAAGCCUUCCGUUCGACAUCC